AUGUCAGCAUUGUCAUGCCUCAUCCUGGCGCUAUUCGGCUGCCUGCCCCUGUUGCAGGGGCAACAUCAGCAGCAGCAGCAGCAUGCAGCAUACCCCGCCUGGCUGUACGCCGUGCCGUGGCGUCCGCUGGUGCCGCCCACCACUCCACGGCAAUUGCCGCUCUCGCAGCUGAGUCCCGGCUAUACGGGUCCACAGACCUUUCCUUUCGUGCAGCGGCAGCGGGAGCGGCAGAAGCAGCGCGAGCCUGAGCCGCAGGAUCUGUUUAGGCCACAGACGCAGCUGCUGGAGCACACGGGACCGCCUGUUCAGGGCAUGUUUGCGCUGCCCUUUAGGCCCUCACCCUUUGCGGGCUACACGGAUGAGUAUGACGAGUAUCAGGCAGGAGGAGGGUCUCUGGAGGGGCCAGCAAGAGAAACAGAACGAGCUGGAGCCUAUGUCUACCUGUCCCCGGGGCGUGUGUACAGCCUAUUUAGAUCAUAG